AUGCUCCACGCCCUGAACAGCUGGAGGAGCAACUGGGCGUGCGCUGCAGAGGGCCGCCGAAUCAUGUCGAUGAGCCCAAAGCAUACGACUCCUUUCUCAGUGUCUGACAUCUUGAGUCCUUUGGAGGAAAGCUACAAGAAAGUGGGCAUGGAGGGCAGUAACUUGGGGGCUCCCUUGUCAGCCUACAGACAGUCUCAGGUUUCGCAGCCGGCCAUGCAGCAACACCCCAUGGGCCACAACGGAACGGUGACUGCCGCCUACCAUAUGACAGCGGCAGGGGUCCCCCAGCUCUCCCACGCUACUAUGGGGGGCUACUGCAAUGGGAACCUGGGCAACAUGAGCGAGCUCCCGCCUUACCAGGACACCAUGCGGAACAGCGCUUCAGCGACAGGAUGGUACGGCACCAACCCGGACCCCCGCUUCUCCUCAAUCUCCCGCUUCAUGGCGCCGUCCUCGGGCAUGAACAUGGGCGGCAUGGGCGGCCUGAGCUCCCUGGGGGACGUGAGCAAGAGCAUGGCCCCUCUGCAGAGCACGCCGCGGAGGAAACGGAGGGUCCUGUUUUCCCAGGCCCAGGUUUACGAGCUGGAGAGACGUUUCAAGCAGCAGAAAUACCUCUCCGCCCCCGAGAGGGAACAUUUAGCCAGCAUGAUCCACCUCACCCCGACUCAGGUCAAAAUCUGGUUCCAGAACCACCGCUACAAGAUGAAGCGGCAGGCCAAAGACAAGGCUGCGCAGCAGCAGAUGCAACAGGAGAACGGCUCCUGCCAGCAGCAGCAGUCCCCCAGGAGGGUGGCGGUGCCGGUACUGGUGAAGGAUGGCAAGCCCUGCCAGGCGGGCUCCAACACCCCCACCGCAGCCAUCCAGAGCCACCCGCAGCAAGCGGCCACGACCAUCACGGUGGCCACCAAUGGCAACAGCCUCGGACAGCAUCAGAGCCAUCAGACAAACAGUGCGGGGCAGUCUCCCGACAUGGGACAGCACUCGGCCAGCCCUUCCUCCCUGCAGAGCCAAGUCUCCAGUUUGUCUCACCUGAACUCUUCCACUUCUGACUAUGGCACUGCCAUGUCCUGCUCCACCUUACUAUACGGUAGGACCUGGUGA